ACCAUGGCCGACUUCGACGUCGCCGCCAAACUGGAGGCCUACCGCGGCGAGCUCGGCGCGCAAGUCAACGCUAUACAAGAGAAGUCGCCCUUCGAGGACUACCGCCAGCCGUACCUGAACGAGGCGGCGGUCUCGGGCGACGACGCGUUCCCUUCGUCAUUACUGCCGCGGCUGGCGUCCCUGGUUCAGGGCCGCGCCGAGCCGUUGGCACUCGUCGCGACCGAGGCCCAGGCGGAAUUGGGCGAGGGCGCGCCGGCUGUAGAUGUCGUCGUCGCGAAGAUCCGGUUAGUAGCGGAGCGAAAAGCGUACGGCGUCAACCCCAAGAAGGCCGUCGUCGUCGCCGACGACGAGUCCCAGAUCCACGCCUGGUGCUGGGAGGUGUCCGCGCCCGAGGCCUACUUCCCCGCUGAAAGCGUCAAGCUCAUCAAGGCCGCGCGCCAGGCGCGGAGCCGCGAGGGCAAGCUCGUCAAGGCCACCGCGAAAUUAGUUGACGUCCUCAUCAAGGGCGACGCCACGAAAGCAAAAGCCGAGGAGGAGAAGGUCCUCAAAGUGAAACGGGACGCCGAAGCGCAGCGCCUCAAGGCCGAGGUCGCGCAGCGCAAGCGCGAGGAGGCCGCGGCCAAGAAGGAGGCCGCCGCCCUCAAGAAGCGCGAGAAGGAGGCCGCCAAGGCCGCGAAGCAGAACGCGUCGCCGAAGAAGCCCGCCAAGGCCAAGGUCUCGAACGCGUCGAAGAGCGUCAUGGCCGGCUUCCUGUCCAAGGCGCCGAAGCGCGACUCCACCGAAUCGCGGAAGGCGCCGCCGCCCAAGCCCGCGGAGGUGUCCACGGUCAGGACCGUGGCCCUGCUCGACGCCCUGGAGAAGGCGCGGGCCGCGCCGCCUCCCUUGGAGGACCUGCGCGCGGAGCUGCGGCGGACGCGGGCCGCCGAGGAGGAGCCCGAGGUCCAGAUCCUCGAGCCGCGGCGGGGCUUCUUCGCCUUCCACACGGACUUCGGCCCGCCGCGGCGCAAGGAGGUGACGCGGUCGGCGGUCGUGACGGCCACGAGCCCCUUCGCGCGGGACCCGGCCGUGGACUACGACUACGACAGCGACGAGGAGCGCUACGCCAACGAGGGCCUCGUCGAGGACGGCGAGGACCUGUCGGACGGCGAGGACCUCGAGGACGAGGACGACGGCGAGCUCGACAACGAGGACGGCUUCUUCUGCGGCGACGACGACGAGGGCGGCCCGGCCCAGCGCGCGGCCCUCGAGCGCGAGGUCGUCACCGUGUCGCCGCUCAAGGCCGGCGAGGCGGGCGACGCGGACCGCGCCGCGGCGCUCGCGCCGUUCGCGCCCGUCGUCUUCUUCGACCCGCGCGUGCCGCUGCCCGCCGAGCCGGCGCCGCGGAAGCGGUCCUCCGCCGCCAAGCCCGCGACGCCCGAGGACGCGCCGGCGGCGAAGAAGAAGAAGGGCGCGGUCUCGACGGGCCAGAAGCAGCUGACGGCCUUCUUCGGCGCGAAGAAGUAG